AUGUUGAUUGGCAAUCAAACUGCAGUAACCCAUUUUAUCAUCUUGGGCUUCCCAAGUCUGAAGAAUCUUCAGCUUCUCCUCUUCUUUGUGGGGUUGGUUGUCUACAUCUUGACCUUGUGUGGACACCUCAUCAUUAUCACCAUAGUACGUAUUGACCAACAUCUCCAAACACCCAUGUACUUUUUCCUCAGCAAUUUCUCCUUCCUGGAGAUAUGGUACACCUCCAACAUUGUUCCAAAGAUGCUAGAAGUAUUCCUAGAUAAGAACAAAUCCAUUACAUAUGCAGGCUGCAUUACUCAACUCUACUUUCUUAUUACACUUGGUACUGCAGAAUGUUUCAUUCUGGCUAUCAUGGCAUUUGAUCGCUAUUUAGCCAUAUGCAAUCCUCUUCGAUAUCCUACACUCAUGAAUGACAAAGUUUGCCUUAAGCUAGCUGUAAGCUCUUGGAUUGGUGCCUUCAUAGUUAACAUCCCUCCAUUAGUUGCGCUUUGCAGGCUGCCAUUUUGUGGCCCAAAUGAGAUCAAUCACUUCUUUUGUGAUGCACCACCUUUACUGAAACUCUCUUGCACAAGCCCACAUGAAGCAGAACUGUCCAAUUUCAUAGUGGCCACAAGCGUCAUUGUUAGCUCCUUCCUCCUCAUUCUGAUAUCGUACAUCCUCAUCCUCAUCGCUGUUCUGAAAAUCCCUUCAUCGACAGGCCGCCAAAAAGCCUUCUCAACUUGCGGUUCCCAUUUAGUUGUAGUGACCAUUUUCUAUGGCACUCUAAUGUUCAUGUAUGUCCGCCCAACAUCAAAUUUCUCUAUUGAUUCAGUGAAUUUCAACAAAAUUGUGUCCAUGUUCUAUACUGUGGUUACUCCCAUGCUUAACCCAAUUAUAUACUGCCUGAGAAACAAAGAGGUCAAAGAUGCUCUCCGGAAAGCAAUCAGUGGGAAGCGUGCGCUCCAAACAAACAUAGAGAAAGCGUGCCAGAGAAGAAGCAUCAUGAAAUUAGAUGAAAGAUACCAUGGUGGAGGAUUAGCAAGCUUGAGUAGAAAACAGACUGAAGAGGAUGUGUUGCUGAAGAAAAAAGAGUCAAUUGAUGGAAGCAACAUUGUCAGAGAAAAGAGGCUUAGAGAAACAGGCAUUGAUGAGUCUGUGUUGAGGAAAGGCAUAGAAUGA